AUGUUGAUGGGUGAAAUUCUGACGCAGGAGCAGUUGAGACAUGUUAGUGAGCAUGUCUACUCAGUGGAAGACUGGAAUUCUCUCUUGGAUCCUUACAUGCGGGUGUUUUGGACCAAGCUGCAGAAGGUGACACCGAAAGCUUUGAACGGCAACGUGAUCACUGUAUUCGGUUUAUCAUUCAACAUCAUCAGUUUAGUGAUUCUUAUGUCUUAUGCCCCGACUGCAACUGAGAAGGCUCCAAAAUGGGCUUACGCGUUGGCAGCUUUGGCCGUGUUUUGGUACCAGGCCUUCGACGCUCUGGACGGUAUGCAAGCCCGACGUAAUCUGCUUAUCAACCAGUGUCAGUUAUCGGAGAUCUUCGACCAUGCCUGUGACUCAGUAAGCGCAGUGUGUGUUGGGAUACAGCUCUCCAUCUGUCUCCGCAUUGGCGACCAGCCUCACCUAUUUUUGACCUACAUGCUGGCGGUAAUGUUUAUGUUCUACACAGCCCAUUGGCAGACCUAUGUGACUGGAAUCGUAAGAUUUGGCACUUUGGAUGUGACUGAAUCUCAGCUAUCGUUAUGCCUGGCCUACCUGCUGACGGCUUUCUUUGGACCCGAAGUUUGGACCGUCAAGGUUGUUGGGAUCGACGUAAGAGAGAUUAUUAUAUUCAGUACAGUUGCCAUGGCCAUCAUAAAGUUCACAAACCACUUUAUUUUCAUCUGGAAACGAGGUUACAGGUCUUCAGUGGCGGGCACAAGUGCAGUCUUCCCAGUUGUUAACAUCGGCGUUGUUUUCCUCCUCGCAGUCUUGACCAAAACCUGUACCAACUAUUACGAAUUCCAACCCUGUGUCUUCAUGAUGAUCUUUGGACUCCUAGAGGCAAAACAGUCUUGCAAACUAAUGAUCGCAUACAUGAGCAAGAGCAGGGUUUCUUCUCUAGACUCGAUACUUCUGGGUCCUCUUUCCCUCCUCAUCAACCAUCUUCUUGGAAGUCCCCUGUCACCUCAAUUUAUACUGUGGUUGAUCAUGGUUUACAGUGCCAUGAAUCUGCUCUACUAUUUCGGCGCGGUGAGUCUACAGGUCUCUGACGUCAUUGGUGCGCCAUGUUUCUUUCCGUAUGGAGACGCCUCUAAACAAAAUGGAGAUUCACGUCACCAAGAAUAAAAUACACGUGUGACGAACGCGUUAAAAGUGUUUUUUUCACACUGUUGUCUAACACCACCAUUUACAGUCAUUUGGUGUUAGUCUAACGUAAUGUAGA